AUUCGUUUACAAGAUCUUGAAGAAAAAGUACCAUGUCAAAUAGAUAAUUCUGACUUUAGAUCAGAAUUAUAUCUUUCAUACUGUGAUUUUGGACAUAUGGAAGCUCUCAUAAAUACAGGACUAAGCUUUUAUGAAG